GUCAUCUAUUGACAAAAAUAGAGCGAAAUCAACUUGUCUGUGCAUGUCUGCAACACGGCAAUCUAUAAACGCAUUCUGUUCCUUUUAGCGUGUCGACAUGUCUGACAUAUUGGGGAAGAUAAGAAACACCAUAACCGAGAAAAAGAAGACGGCUCUCAGUCAGAGCGACCUGCAGACCUUUGGUUUACGAGGGAUACAGCUGAGAGCCUACCAGCUGGACGGGGUGCAGUGGCUGACCCAGAGCCUCAAAGACCAGCAGGGCUGCAUCUUAGGGGAUGAGAUGGGUUUGGGUAAAACCUGCCAGACCAUCUCUCUGCUGGUGUACGAGUCAGGAGCUCUGGGGAAGAAAGGUCCGUUUCUGGUGCUGAGCCCCCUGUCUGUCAUGGAGAACUGGAGAAAGGAAUUGGAAAGCUUUGCCCCGUCUCUGACGGUGCUGUGCUACAAAGGAGACAAAGAGAGACGGGCUGAGAUUCAGAGGGAAAAAACCGCUCAGGACUUCCAGGUUCUGCUCACCACAUACGAGCUGUGCCUCAAAGAUGCGUCGUUCUUGAAAAGGUGGAGGUGGGAGGUGCUCGUUGUGGACGAAGCUCACCGGCUGAAGAACCAAAACUCUCUGCUGCACAAAACCUUGACAGAGUUUUCAGUUGGUUUCAGACUCCUGCUCACAGGGACUCCCAUUCAGAACAACCUGCAGGAGCUCUACUCCCUGCUGAGCUUCAUUGAGCCCAGCAUCUUCACACCGGAAGAGGCUGACAACUUUGUCAGCUCCUACUCCGAUGUGCGAAGUCGACCUGCUCUGGCUUCAGAGCUUCAAAGCAUUUUGGAGCCUUUUCUGCUCCGUAGAGUAAAGUCGGAGGUGGCUUUUGAUCUGCCCAAGAAGACAGAGCUGGUGGUGUACCACGGCAUGUCAGCUUUGCAGAAGAAAUACUACAAAGCCAUUCUAAUGCGGGAUUAUGACGCUUUUGUAAACGAGCAAGGCAGCAAGAACAGACUGCUGAACAUCUUGGUGAAUUUGAGAAAGUGCGUCAACCACCCAUACCUGUUUGACGGGGUGGAACCGGAGCCCUUUCAGAUCGGGGAUCACCUCAUUGAAGCCAGUGGAAAGCUGUGCCUGCUGGACAGCAUCCUGGCCUUUCUACACAAAGGGGGCCACCGUGUCCUGUUGUUCUCUCAGAUGACGAGGAUGCUGGACAUCCUUCAGGACUACAUGGAGUACAGAGGCUACAGCUACGAACGCAUGGAUGGGUCGGUUCGAGGCGAAGAGCGAAACCUUGCUGUGAAGAACUUCAGCAGCAAAGAUAUCUUUGUGUUUUUGCUCAGCACUAAAGCAGGCGGAGUUGGCCUCAACCUUACAGCUGCUGACACUGUUAUUUUCGUGGACAGUGACUUCAACCCCCAAAACGACCUGCAGGCUGCGGCGCGCUGCCAUCGGAUUGGCCAGAACAGGCCUGUGAAAGUGAUCCGCCUCCUUGCGAGAGACACCGUGGAGGAGAUCAUGUACUCUCGAGCCGUAUCCAAGCUGCAGCUCACCAACACUGUUAUCGAAGAGGGCCGCUUCUCUUUGCUGGAUCAGGCGCAGUCAGCUGCGGCGGGUCUGCAGCUGAGCGAGAUCUUGAAGUUCGGAGUAGAUAAGCUUUUAUCGUCGGACGAGAGCUCGAUACAGGAAGUCAGACUGGAGAAGAUACUGGGUCCAUCACAGGAUGGUCAGUGGGUGGAUGAUGAUGAUGAUGAUGAUGAUGAUGGAUUCUCACCACUAGAAGAAGAGGUGGAGAACGAGUCUGAUUCUGAUGAGCAGAAUCACAUGUACUUCUUUGAGGGGAAAGACUACAGUAAGGACCCGAGCUCAGAGGACCAGAGGAGUUUUGACCGGAUCCUGGAAGAGCAGAUGGCCGAGUUUCAGAAAGCGGCAGGAGAGGGACGAGCUCUGCGGCGCAAAGCUGGAUCUUCGCUCUCAGUCGCGUUUGCGAUUCCAGCGAGGAAGAGGAAACCCCUCACUGAGGCAGAGCUGGAGCUCAGGCGGCAGAGGAGGCAGGAGGCUGCAGCCAAGAGAGCCAAGAUGAUGGAGGACAAAAAGAGGCAGGAGGAAGAGGAGAAGCGCAGGAAAAAAAUGGCCUGGUGGGACUCCUGUGGCUAUAAGUCACUUUGCCUGCAGCUUGUAGACAGUGAAGAAGAGGAGGAAGACGAAGAGGAGGAAGAGGAUGACAGCAGUGUAUGCUCUACAGACUCAACCUCCACGGAUAUCCGCUACGUUCUGGGGGAUGUUACUCAUCCCCACACAGCGAGGGGAGAUGCUAUCAUCGUCCACUGUGUUGAUGACUCAGGGCGGUGGGGCAGAGGAGGCCUGUUCACGGCGCUGGAGGUGAGAUCAGAUGAGCCACGAAAGCAGUACGAGUCGGCAGGGAAAAUGAAAGAUUUGGAGCUGGGAAACGUGCUCCUCUUCCCCAUCGACGACAAACAGUCGAGACUGGACGGCCGAGAUCAGUUAGCCCUGAUAGUGGCACAGAAAAGAGACAAAGCCAACAACCUGUCUGGGAUCCUCCUCGGUGCUUUGGACGAAGGACUGAAGAAGAUUUACUCUGCAGCUAAGAAAAACAGCGCCAGUGUUCAUCUUCCUCGCAUCGGUCACUCCACCAAAGGUUUCAACUGGUACGGGACGGAGCGGCUCAUCAGAAAACACCUGGCCUCCAGGGGCGUUCCCACGUUCAUAUAUUAUCACAGCAGAGCUGUCAAGAAAACAGUUUCUCAUCAGACACCUGCAGCAUCAGCUGCUGCUCAUCAAGCACCUUUACCGAGCACAGACGGGCCAAGGGAUGAGACAGGAACCGAGGGCCCGGGUCCGUCCGCUCUGCCACGCAGCUCCAGCCCUGCGGAGCUGCCCAGCUUCAUGAAGGGAGUCCGAGUGUUUUUCUACAACAUUCCCGCUUCAGAACGGAAGAGGUUGGCCCGCUACCUUAUCACGUAUGACGGAGACGAGGAGGACGUCAUGAGUGAAGACGUCACGCACAUUGUUGCAGAGGUGGAGAAUCGCAUCCAAAUGCAGGAGCUGCUGGAUCUGGUCCGUGAGAACCAGCAGGCUGUUGCUGUGGAGACGGCCUGGCUGGAGUCCUGCUUCUCCAAACAACAACAAGUCAAAACGGCACACUUCCAACAUCAGCUCUGAGGACAACACAGCGUUAUUAUGUUUAUGUUUGAUUAAAUCCCAUUUUUAAAUUGUGUCAUUUGACAAGCUUAUGAGCACGCUGGGUGGUGUACACUACAUUUCAAUGAUUUUUUAACCUGACCAUUAAUUCAAAUCUGAAUAUGAAGUUCAUAAAUGAACUCAAUUCCCAGAAGGGAAAAUGAAGUUUUCUCACCUGCACUUAACUCAAAGUUCAAUAUGGCUGCUGCUUUUAUUAAAUGUAGAUACAUGCAGGAAUAAACAGUUUAUUUGCA